AUGGACGCUCCUGAGACAUAUAACGACUGCCAUCCGCUGUCGCCAAGUUCCACCACUGUCAAGGUCGAGCCUGCCUCUCUCGAUUCGGGGCAUAGUCUGCUGCACUCCCCUCCCUCUUCUCGGUCGUCUUCCCGCGCCGCCAGAUAUUCCAAUACGACGUCUUCUACACGCUACAAGCGAAAGUAUUCGCAGAUCUCACCCCGUGGCGAGUUGUCAAUCAUGACGCAUCCUUACGGAAAUUGGUCAUCUACUGGCCUAAAAGACGAGCAGAACCCGAGCCAUCGAGGAUUCUCAGGUGGUGUACAACCAUCUGGGUCCAACCGCAGAGGCGGAAGUGGAGACCAGCAGCACUUCUAUAACCCAGAAAGCUACUCGCAAGCGCACGACCAGUACCGCAGUGCAAGUGCUAGACACCUCACUCAGGUCGGCACUUCGAGUCUUUCUGGGGCAAUGGGAGAGCUCGGCCUAUCAACGCACUCCCCUUCUAAUGCUUCACCAUCUGGUAUGCCGUGGACGCCUUCCCCAACCUCUGGGUUGUCCGGAAGCUAUGUCGUCGCGCCACCAGCGGAGGAGGCUUUCGGUCCUUACCUUGCUACUCCGAACACUUCCCUUCAUUCAGACAGUCCGCCAAACGCACUCCUAUCAUAUCAGCAGUAUAAUUCAUCGUACUCGGGAUCUGGGAGUCCUACACAUGCCCUAUCCUCAUCGUAUCCGGAUCAAUUCACGUAUCAUCAACAGCAGUCGCGUGCGGCAGCCAUGCAGCCCCCAACCAUUCUUCCAUCGCCAGUCUCGACUUCACCGACCGGUAUGGCAAUGAACGCGUCGCCCUCGUCAAUGACAACUCCGAGCAUUUCCAUGGGCCGCUCUCUACGCGGUUCGCAAGAACGCCCCGAGGACGAGGUGCGCGCUCUCCGAGCACGUUACGCGGAGCUGGAGCACAAGUACCACACAAUGCGCUCCAAGGCGGAGCAUCUCGAGAAAGAGCUACAGCGCGUCGCGUACGGGAGCAGUCCCAAUGGUCUCCCAACGCCGUUCGCCUCGCCCUCCGACGAAGGCUGGCGGUCGCGCACAGAGACACGUGUCAAGCUCUUCUGCUCGCUGAACCGCGCGGGCAACGCUCUGUGCGCGUGGCACGACUCGCGCCGCGAGCGCCGCGCGUACCCGCCGCGCAUGGCCCCGCCGAACACGCUCAACUGUGGCUGCACCUACGAGGAAGCGCUCUUCGAAGAGAGCCUCGCGCGCCAUGGCGUGGGGAGCUACCACCCCGGCGAGAACGUGCGCAUGGACCCUGCGCUUAGGAACCCGCUCCUCAAGCUGCUGCGAGAGCGGUACGGCUAUCGUGAUGGCGACUUCGAACGGGACCCAGUCACCGGUGAGUGGGUCGAAAGUGAGGGUCCCGCACGAUGGGAAGCGAAACUCGCGCAAGGAGGUCCCGCUUCCAAGAAAAUCCGGGUCGAUGACCGCCGUUAG